AUGCCACACAAUCCAGCUAGCCAAAGGGACAAAUCCGGCAGAACUCCACGAUCAACAACAAAGCCUCCUGCGACCAAAAGAGGAAGGCGUGAUUCUUCUCUUGAAUUAUUCUCGGAUGAUGAAUGGACAGAUCUUGAUCAUGAAGAGUUUGAUAGAAAUCUAAAUCCUAAUGCAUCUAUUCAAGAAUACUUUAGGAAAAAAGAUGAAGCUCUCGCGAGACAGGCCCCUCCACCGAACGAAUAUGGAGAUUUUUUGGGAAGCGAAGAUCUGGAGAGUGUAGGGAUAUUAGGUCAAAAACUUUCAGAGAAGAGGAAGAAGAAAAAGGCGGAAGAGGAGAAAAAGCAAAGGGAGAUGGAGGAAGCGUGGGCGAUGGCCCCCCCUCCCGCUACUUCCCAUCCUCGACGCGGUAAUGAAUCUGGAGAAACUCCUUCUCGCAGAAACAUAUCAUCUUCUCACAGAGAAAGAGCACCUCUUGGUACAGACAGAAAGUCUACCCCUGCUCGUUCUGAACCUAAAACACACCAUCCCGCUCCCUCUCGCACAGAUGCACGUAAGAGUUCAGGGUCAGGUAAGAGUUCAUCAGGAGAUCAUAGAGACAGCAAACGCAAGCGAACUACUGGAGGUAGUAGUUAG